AUGUCUAGUUUGAUUAACGAAAAUACACGCAUCAAAGUUAGCUCUGUGCUUAAUCGAGAUUCAACAAAUUUUGGGAAACAAAAUUUAGUUGAUGGUCAAGUUGAAACCUGUUGGAAUUCAGAACAGGGCCUUCCUCAACAUAUUUUAUUAGAUUUUUCUUCACCUGCUUCUGUACAAGCCAUCGUGUUUCAAUUUCAAGGUGGAUUUGUAGGAAAAAAAUGUGUCGUGGUAGGAAGCAUAGUAGAGUCUCCGAACGAUUAUAACGUACCAGUUGAUACAUUAUAUCCUGAAGAUGUCAAUUCUAUUCAAACAUUUAGUUUCGAGCCAACUCAACCAUUAAAGCGAAUUAAGAUCAUUUUUGAAGAAAGUACAGAUUUUUAUGGCCGUAUUACAUUGUAUAAAUUAGAUAUUUUGGGUCAUUAA